CGUAAAGAUGAGCCUACAGUGGACUUUAAUUGCGGGAUUUCUUUAUGUUGAAAUUGUAAUAGUAUUACUAUUGGUUUUGCCAAUAAUUUCUCCCACUAGAUGGCAAAAAAUUUUUAAAUCUAGAUUCCUACAAAGUUUAGGCAAUCAAGCAUCAUUUUAUUUCUUAGCUUUACUUGCAAUAUUAGUUUUACUCCUAUUGGAUGCUAUUAGAGAAACACGGAAAUAUUCUACACUUGGAGAUCCUUCAGAGCAUACUCAUUUGGAUGCUGAAAUGCAAGGUAAUAUGAGAUUGUUUCGGGCACAAAGAAACUGUUAUAUAUCUGGCUUUGCAUUGUUUUUAAGUCUUGUUAUAAGGCGUCUUGUGAUUUUAAUUUCUGCACAAGCCACAUUACUAGCACAAAGUGAAGCAGCUCUGCGACAAGCUUAUUCUGCAACUACAACAGCAAAAAGCUUGUUAUCACAAAAAACAAUUGGAGAAAGUGCACAGAAUGAUUCAAAUGAAGCUCAUGAUACAGCACUAUCAAAGUUAAAAAACCAAAUUAAACAGUUACAAGCCAAAAAACAAGAAUUAGAGCAAGAACUUACAAAAGAAAAGAAAGACAAAGAGGCUAUAAAAUCUCAAGCUGUAUCCCUUGCCAAGGAAUAUGAUCGCCUAUCUGAUGAACAUCAGACUGAAUGUCUUAAGUCAAAUGGUGAUAAAAAAAGUGAUUAA